AUGGCAGGUCGCAGUGGUUUUGACGAUGGUAAUCCGAGGGACUAUGGAGGCGGCAGGAGAACUGUGGGCGGCCGGCCUCUCCCGACUGAACCACCAUACAAGGCCUACGUCGGGAACUUACCCUCUGGUCUCAUUCAAGGCGAUAUUAACAGAAUCUUUCCAAAUCUAGCCGUUAAAAAUGUCCGGCUGGUUAUGGACAAGGAAACAGAUCUAUUCAAAGGAUUUUGCUAUGUGGAAUUUGAGUAUCUCAAUGAUCUCAUAAAAGCAAUCGAAAUGAAUGGUUCUCUAAAGGUAGAUGAUAAAUUUGUAAAAAUUGAUGUUGCGGAAGAAAAAAGGAAUGAUAGAGGAGGUGGCUUCGAUCGAGGAAGACGCGAGGGUCGUGAUGGAGGCAGGGACGGCCGCGGUGGGUUCAGGAGGGAGGGAGGUGGCCGUGGUACGUACGAAGACAGGAGGACCCCGGGGUUCACACAUGAACGCGAGCGCGGCGGCGGGGCGAGCGGGGAGCGAUGGAACGACCGCGGCGGGGAGCGGCCGGAGCGCGGGGGUGAGAGGUGGAACGAGCGCGGCGGGGAGAGGGGCGCGAGGGGGGGCAGCGAGGAACCCCGCGGGGGAGACUGGGGAAGAAUGGGGAGACAGCCGUCAGCACCCAGGCAGCAGCCACGUCGCUUUGACGACAUGCCGCCAGCCAGAGCCGACACCUCAGGUAGACCGAAGCUGGUACUGGAGCCGCGGACGGUGAAGGAGCCUGUCAACUCGCUGGCUGCAACAAGCCAGGCCUCCUCUAUAUUCGGCGGCGCAAGGCCGAGGGAGGAACGACUCAAAGAACUCGCCGAGGAAUAG